AUGAAAAAAAAUAGUAAUAAUUUUGACAAUGAAUUUGUUAAAAGGCAGGCUCGUACAUGGUAUACUUAUGAAACAGAAUUUGAAAAUAUAUAUGAAAUUAGUGAACAAACUAGCAAACAAACUAAUGAGAUUG